UUUUAUUUCGUUGACCGGAAAUGUGUGUCUUCCUUUUUGUGCAGACGUUGCGCUCCUCACAGGUACCUUACUCCAACUUAGGCCAUUCCCGGUUACGCUUUACACCUCCGUUCGGUCGUAAGAGGAAAGCCCCGCUCGCGGGUUUUUUUUUUUCUCCCAUUCGUUCUUAAUUAUUUAAUUCCGUGUAAACUGCAGUGGUGAUUUAAAACCCCCCCACUGAUGGUCGAUAAUUCAGCCCCGCGUCGAGGGCCCCGGUGAAGAAACCGCACAGCAUCACACGUCGGACUGGUUUUUUGUUGGUUCCACCCUCGGCGACAUGGCGCGACCACGGCCGCGGGAGUACAAGGCAGGAGACCUGGUCUUCGCUAAGAUGAAGGGAUACCCGCACUGGCCGGCGAGGAUUGAUGAGCUUCCAGAAGGAGCUGUCAAACCGCCCGCCAACAAGUACCCCAUCUUCUUCUUUGGGACCCAUGAGACUGCGUUUCUGGGCCCGAAGGAUCUUCUGCCUUACAAGGAGUACAAAGACAAAUUUGGCAAGUCUAACAAGCGGAAAGGCUUCAACGAGGGCCUGUGGGAGAUCGAGAACAACCCCGGCGUCAAGUUCACAGGCUACCAGGCCAUCCAGCAGCAGAGUUCGUCGGAAACGGAGGAGGGGGGGAACGCCGCCGACGGCAGCAGCGAGGGCGAGGAGGGGGACUCUGUCGAGGACGAAGACGACCAGGGGAAGCUGAAGGGUGACAAGCGGAAAAAGACAGCCACCUCCAAGGUAGCUCACCUCAGCCAGAAAUCCUCCAAGCUGUCGAGGAUCUCAUCCGUAGAGGACGACCUGGAGAAGGAUGGGAAAGAUGACGACCAGAAGAGCGUCUCCGAGGGAGGAGACCCCAAAAACGACAUCAUCCCAAAUGCCACUGAGAGUAAGAACCAGCUGCUCAUCGAGGAACAUUGAGAGAAGAAAGCAUGACAUCAUUCCACGUAGCUGUGAUGCCGGGAAAAUGCAUCAACAACACAGUUUCCCAUGAGCACCACCCGCCGGCCGCCAUUGUCACCUCUACUUCUCCGUCAGCCCACGUUGAUGGCGGCACCGCGGUGGUCACCGCGUGGACGGCGGGGCGUAAGCGCUGACACGCGACGCCAGGGGUCGUGUCAGAAAUUUCGUCAUCAUGAACACUUCCAAACAGACAGGUUAAGAUUUGUGUUUUCUCUUUCAACCACUGACAUUGGAUGCUUGUAGGUUUGUAUCGUGAGGAAUAGGAUAUUUAAAGGGGCAUUAAGUACUUGACUGGACUCCCUUUGUCCUUUUUAAGAACUGCAAGAGUAGACCUUAAUUUGUGCACCGGUUUCUGAUCAUCAGGGACAACUUAAUUACACUCCUGUCAUGUAUUCUUUGCCAAGUCACAAUGCAUAUUAUCACAACGCGACGAUAAUUUUAAUGGUUAGAUGGCCAACACAACUUCUUCAGGUUUAACACAUUUGACAGCAUGACCAUCUGAGUUUAUAGGCUUUAAAAAUUCUCCAAAAUACACAAAGGUGCAGACUUCACAGCCCCGUCAAAGUCCUUUAUGGCAGAUUACUUACUGCCUCUUUAAUAGGUGUUUAAAAGUUAUAUUUGUUGAGAAGAUCAACUGUAGUUUGGAAAUGAAGUCAAAAUAGAAAUACAGUAUGAGUGCAUCUGUGUGUGUGUGGCCUAAGUGUCACACCUUACAUGUCACCCUUAGGCCAGAUGAAACGGUGUGCACGAGUGGCCUGUGUUCUACUUCAUAAUCAUACAUAGUGUGGUGUAGAUAUCCAUCAAUCUGUGUUAAUACCGGCCUUUGCAUACCUGUAUAUCUGUAUUGCAUCACUCACCGGCAUCUGUAACUGUGUACAAAUGCAUUUGAUAAGAGCUCCAUUAAUGUGUGUGUAUAUUUACAUACACCUACUCUCCUGCCAUCUAUAAUAUAUGUUGGGUAUUGCAUUGUAUCGAUCAGUAGCUGUAGCUUGAAAUUAACUUUUUUACGAGGGUUAAUUAAGGGGCGGACUUACGAAAUAUUAAGUCAUUUUCAAGCGUUAUCCAUCAUCAUAUAUGUUACUCUUUUAUGUAACCAAAAAAAAGACAAUGUGUAUGAAGUGUUGUGCACAACUGGGUUACACAUUGUAACUCUAAUAUGAACUAUUACAGUAUAUUUUACUCUUGUCAUUGAAUAUAGGACCAGUAUUCUACUUGGACUGCUCUAGGUCUCAUCUUUUUAUGGAAAAGUGAUACAUGUGUGUAUGUGUGAAAUAGAUCACUGUAUAUUUCAAAGCUUUUUUUUAUAGUGGCAUGCUCUACUGUUGUACUCCAGGUUACUCUUAGAUAAAAAGUGUCCAUUGGUUCGUAGCUUAAAGUCAGAUAUUUGUUGGUGUGCGACAUGUGGUGGUGGGGGAGAUACACCUUACACUUUUUCUGUUUCUGUUGCCAUGUCUGCAUGUCUGAAACUUGACAGUAAACUGAACCAUCUAAGGAAACACACAGUCACAUACAGUGUGACGAUGCAUUUUAAAUGCUCAAACGGUUGAUAAUUUACUUACAAUUAAAGAUAACACCAGGCAACACUGUCUUUUAACUCUGUGCCAGUUGUUUUUACUUUACUUCCACUAUUGUUGUCAUGAAAUAUAUAGAGCCUUUUGUUAUCAUACAUGCCUUGUUUAUGUGAAAUCAUGCUUUCAAAAGAAAUCCAUUUAUUAAUAUCCUACAUAUCUUUAUUAUGCUCGUAUUUGGAACAUGUUGCAUUUUCACGGUUUGUAAUUUACUGUAAACUGUUUUUUGCUGUUUAUGAAAGAUACUUUUACAAAAUAAACUCAUUGGAAUGCAGA